GAAUCAACAGCAGCUGUUGUUCAGGUCAGAGAACUUCCGUGUGUCCACCUGAUAGCAGGUAAUCUUCAGGAGUAAUCCUCAGCGUGGUCAGGUAAUCCGUGCGUGUCUGCAGAUGUUUCAGAGAGCAGCUCGGCCUCGAGAUGAUUAAUUUUCCCUCUGAGCUUCUGUGACCUCUGACCUUUAUUAUGGCAUCCACAUCUAUCACCACCAUCGGUGGAGUGAUGGUCGUGACUCAGGUCAUUCCCAAGGAUGACGGCUCCAUCCAGCUCCAGAACGCCGGCAUCUCCACCACACCGGCCCCUCCCCCUGUCAAAAAGACCACACCCAUCCCAGUCAAGAUGGACGACAUGACCGUCGCCUUCAUGCGGGGACAGCCGCACGCUCUCGGGGUCGUUCAGAUCAUGAUUGGGCUGCUGUGCAUCCUGUUCGGUCUGACCGCCGUCUACUCGUGGGCCAUGAUCGCUUACUCUCCAUUCGCCCUCGGCGCCGCUUUUGUCGUCUCCGGCUCGGUGGCCCUGGCGGCAGGGAGACGCACUUCCAUCUCACUGGUUUGGGGGUCCCUGGUAUCCAACGUGAUAAGCGUCCUGAUUGGCCUGGCCGGUGUGGCCUACACCUGCUGGCUGCUGGCCGAAUGCCCCCCCUCCUAUCGCUUCUGUGACCGACAGAGCUUCAUCGAGUUCGAGGACGUAGAAGACCUGAGGAGGAGAUGCAGCCAAAAUUUUUAUACACUGGAUGUGGUUCUUUACGGGCUCCUCGGCCUCUUCCUGGUUCUCCUCGUCCUGCAGACCUGCGUCACCAUCGUCGUCUGUGUUUUCUCUGGGAAAGCCAUCCGGCUCCGCACACCAUUUUCUCUCAGCGUGGAGUCUGAUGAUCGCAGAGGUCUGCUGCCGGCCUACUCACCCUGAGAGGAGAAAUCAUCUGAGAGCACUUCAGAUACUGCAGGAGUCUGACUCCGUCUGUCUUUUCUUGCUUUUUUUUUAUUUUUAUUGAGGUGUCACUGGCAACAGUUGCACAGCAUUCUGGGUAAUUUAGGGGGAAAUCUGCCAUGUUAGUAUAAUCAAACAGUAAUCAUCAUUAUUACUGACAGUCAUUUCAAAUCACACUCUUGUAUUGUAACGUUAACACUACAAUAAAUUGUUUUCCAACAGA